GUAAGCAGUGAGCACUUCUCGCCACAGCGGGAGACCAGCCUAGCUCUGUCAGCGCCCAACGGGAAGGCGAAAGAGUGAAAGAGGGGACGAUGCUGCAGACGUCUGUACCCGCGUCUGUUCCUCUCAGGUAACGGGCACAGAGAGCCCACCAUUAUCGGCAGAUAGCGGCUGGGCGGCCGGCUAUUAAGCAGAGAGGCAGCGAGCGCGGCGAGGCGAACGAGAUGGCUGCGAUGACGAGGACGUCGGCGGCGCCGGCAGUGGUCGCGCUGUGUCUGUGGCUGCUGGCCCGCGGCGCCGCGGCGGCGCGCUCCUCCUGCUACGCCGACAACACGACGCCCUACCUGCUGCUGGGCACCAAGACCGCCUACGAGUUCGUCUACGGAAGGCCCACGCCGCAGCAGACCACCAUACCCUACUGCGAGCCACAGCAAAUAUGGAUCCUGUCACGGCACGGCACCCGCUAUCCCGGUUCGGACGAUUACGACAAGCUGAACAGCCUGGCGAGCUUUCGUGACCAGGUCAUUCGCAACCACGAAGUAAAUCAUGAAGGUGACCUCUGUGACAAGGAUCUAGAUAAUCUCCGAAACUGGACACUUAAAUUCACUGCUGACAUGGGAGAUGUUCUUACAAAGCAAGGAGAGGAUGAUAUGAGACUGAUGGCACAACGUUUCAAAAACCGUUAUCCAUCCCUUUUUAGUGAAGGCUACAGGCAAGAUUUAUAUGAGUUUCGCUACACCAAUACCCAGAGAACCCAAGCAAGUGCAGAAAAAUUUGCUGAAGGAUUAUUUGGUUCAAGUCAAGGAGUAUAUUUUCCUACCCCUCUGGAAAAUGACACUCUGUUGAAGCCAUAUGACACCUGCAAUGCAUGGAAAACAAUGGUAGAUGAUAACCCUGAUGCAAAAAUUGAACAAACACUGUUUGAAGAGGGGCCAUGGAUGGAGGAAGUGAUAGCUAACAUUAGCAAGAGACUGGGUUUUCGUUAUCAACUGAAAUAUGAUGAUAUAUCUACAAUAUAUGACAUGUGCCGGUAUGACAAAGCAUGGAAUCUGGUUGCAGUUUCUCCUUGGUGUGCAGCAUUUUCUGACAGUGAGUUAAAAGUUAUGGAAUACAAGGAAGACCUCAAGUACUACUACAAAAGUGGAUAUGGCCAUGAUAUAAAUGUUGAACUGGGUUGCACUACUCUUAAAGAUCUCAUGGAUCAUUUUCAAAAUCUUGAGUCUAAUAAAACUAGUGCUAAAGGGGUGUUUUACUUCUCACAUUCAAAUAUGUUGCACAUGAUGCAAUCACGUAUGGGUAUAGCCAAAGACAGUGAACCUCUAACACACGAUGGCUAUAACACAACACAAAAACGGAAAUGGAGAACUUCUAAGAUUGGAUCAUUUGCAACUAACAUUGCUGCAGUUUUUCUGAAGUGUACUGAAGGAGAUACAUAUCGUGUAAUGUUCUAUGUAGCCGAAAAUGUGGCAGACAUUGAAGGUUGUCAAGUAGGCCUUUGUUCAUGGGAUACUGUGAAAGCAAAAUAUGCUGACAUAGCUGAAAAAUGCAAUCUGGAUUUCUGCAAUAUGAACAGAAGUGGAACAACUGGAAUUCACAGACUCCCAUGGUUUUAUGCAUUGAUAAAUGCAAUUAUAGUCAUUUUGUUGUUGAAGAGGAAUUAAAUAAGAAGACUGUAUCAUUAUGUAACAAUAAAAAUUAAUGUAUAAAAAAA